AUGUUGAAUGUGUUUGGACGAAAUAUCUCCACGGUAUCAGAUGAAGACUGGCCUCGACACAAAAAAGUCACAGGUCCACCUUUCAGCAAUGAGCAAACCAACAACCUAGUAUGGCAAGAAGCGCUUCGACAAACUCAAGAAAUGAUGCAUUAUUGGAUUGACCAGGGGAAGUUGGCCCUACGAACUACCGCCGAGGAUACCAAAACUUUUUCACUAAACAUCCUCAAAAGUGCUGGGCUUGGUAAAUCAUAUCCUUUCAAACCUUCAUCAAACAUAGAUAAUGAUCCAAGUCAUACAAUGAGUUACAAAGAAUCAUUAAGCUUGAUCGUCGGAAACGCGAUUCCAAUCCUGAUAAUUGGACCCAACUUUCUCUUAAAAUGGAAAUGGUAUCUUCCCAAAUCAUUGCAGAAGAUCGCUCAAGCUACCGCCGAAUUCCAGGCAUAUAUGAAAGAUAUGGUACAAGAAGAGCGAGAAUUAAUCGCCAAAGGCAAACAGUCUAAGUCUAAUUUGAUGACAUCUCUAAUCCGAGCCUCGCAAUACAGCUCCGAGUUUAAGACUGACGAUAUGGGUCAUGAUACGAUAUCCCAUACACUUUGCUAUGCUCUGAAUCUCCUUGCUGCCCAUCCUACUGUGCAGGAUUGGAUUUCUGAAGAAGUGAAUGCGGUAUUCUUGGAUUCGGAUGCUUCCACUUGGGAUUAUGCAGACUCUUUUCCUAAACUGAAACGUUGUAUGGCCGUCAUGCUAGAGACACUCCGUCUUUACCACCCUUUUGUUACAUUUACGAAAUCAACAGGAAAUUUUCCAAGAACCGUCACAUAUGAUUCUAAAGAACUCAAUCUACCACCAAACACAAUGAUCUUGCCUAACCUCUUGGGUAUACAAGCCCAUCCCCGCUACUGGGGACCAGGUCGACUCCUCUGGCCUCCAUCUCGUUGGAUCAUCUCAUCCUCAAACCAAAAUGGUGAAUUGACAGAAGAACUUUGGACACCGCCUAAGGGUUCAUACAUGCCGUGGUCCGAAGGGCCUCGAGGAUGUCCGGGUAAGAAAUUUGGCCAGGUAGAAUUUGUGGCCGCGAUGGCGGGACUAUUUCAUAGGUAUGGGGUAGAGAUUGUGAAAGAAGGCGGGGAGAAUCAGGAAGAAGCUGAGAAGAGAGUUAAGGCGUUUGUGGAUGAUAGUGCUAUGGUACUUUUGCUACAGAUGAUGAAUCCUGAGAAGGCUGGUUUGAGAUGGGUUAAAAAGGGAUGA